UCCAAAGAAGAUGGCGCAGGAGGCUGUGCUUCGAAAAACAGUUCCAGUUGACGGGAAAAAUGAUUCCCAUUGCCCCAAUAGCGUUAUGCUUUUGCCAGAAAGACCAACAACCUUUGGAAGAAUAAUGUCUCUGGAUGUAAGUGUACGUUUGACGUCAAAAACUGCACCGUUAAUGAUUUCUCGUCGACAUGCCACUGUUUCUGUUUCGGCUGGCAAAUGGACGAUAGUGGAUCAUGAGAGUUUGAAUGGUGUGUUCAUCAACAGAAACAGAAUUCAACCAAGCAUUCCUCAUUUAUUAGAGCCUGGUGAUAAAGUGGUUUUUGGUGUGGGGGUAGACUCUAAUACACCAGAAUUUGAAUACGUCUUUGAACAUGUUACUAGAGGCCGUAAAAGGUGUGCAGACCCAUCUCUGUUGAGUAACAAAGACAACUCGAUUAAACAGAGGAAGGUCUUCAGAGAAGGUGGUGGCUAUAUAAAUGUACCCUUCAACAUAGAUCAUCCAGCUGUACAUGAAGCCAUUAGUGUUGCUGAGGAAAAGAUACAAAAAUUGAAGGCUUCAUUAGAAGAAAAAGAGAAAUGCCAUGCAGAUGUUGUUCUGCAGUUGGAAAAAACAGAGAAGGAGCUACAAACUAAGCUGCUAGAUCAGAAGGCCAAAUUAGAAAAAGAAAAACACAAGCUGGAAGGUGCUCUUAAGACACUGUUUGCAGAAAAGUUGAUGGAGAAGGAAGAGCAACUCAAUCAGGAGUUAAAAAGCCAAAAGGAAAGCUUGAUAGAAGAAAAGAAACUUGUGGAAAUGAGAUUGCAGGAGGAAUUGAAGAAGCAGCUAGAAGAAAAAGACAAACAGCUAGAAAAUCAGUUGACUCAACAGAAAGAAGCACUGGAGCAAGUGAUUGCUGAGAAAGAAGCCCAGCAGAACAUGCUACACAUGGAAUUGGAGAAUUACAAAGCUUCCCAGGCUAGAUUGCAAGACUUGGAGGCAAAUGAGAGAAGAAUGGAAUCCACUUUGCAGGAGCUUCGACAAAUUGUAGAAUCAAAAAACAAAGAGCUUCUGAAACAACAAGAAGAGACAAAGAGAGUGGAGGAAGUUGCAAGGAAAACAGUCAUAGAGCAGAUGGAGGAUGAGUUUACUUGUAUAAUUUGUCAAGACCUUUUCAUUAACUCUACUACAUUACCUUGCGCCCAUUCCUUCUGUGAAUACUGCUUGACAUCAUGGCUUAAGAAGAAGAACAACUGUCCCAUUUGCCGUCAACCCAUAUUGGGAAGACCAGUCAGGUCUCUUGUUCUUGAUAACGCCAUUGGCAAAAUGGUGGAAUCUAUGGAUGAGGAGACCAAGACAAGGCGGCAGACAGUCACUCAGGAAAGGGAGGAGUUGAAAAGAGCUGCUUCUACAGCUAUGCCUGGUUCACGAGAACAUCCAAUCACUUUGAACGAUGCUGAGGGCCAACAGGGUGGGAGUAACACUGUUACCCAGGCAACGGUGCAGAACCCAGUGAGGCAUGUGAGGCCUGCAAGGGAACCUCGUGGCCGUCAGGUUCAAGAGCAUCGUCCAGCAGUUCAGCAACGAAACAACUAUGGUAACCAUAGGUAUUAUGAGAACAGGUAUCAUGGUAAUAAUGGUGGCGGAUAUCGUUAUGGUAGUGAUGAUUAUGAACGGCAGCCUUACCAGCAUAAUUACAUGCAUGGUCUUCCUGGGACGUAUUAUCCAGGUUAUGGCCAUUGCCAUUUGUGUGGAAUGAGAGGACACUGGGCCCCUGGAUGUCCACUCAGUCAUUAAAUGCAGCACUGGAUAACUGAGCUGCUGUUCAGAUUGGUGGCCACUACUGAACCUUGGUGUACAGAUGUAAAAAACUCACUUUAAUGAAUGAAUUUACAAGGAUAAUACCUAACUAAGAAACUAUGUAAGGCAAAUGCUUUGAUUGAAUUUCUGUACUGGAUGGAAAUGUCUUUUGAUGCUUCAGUUUCCGCACCAUUCUUGUUGCAGCUUUCAUCUCCUUAUUUGGAAAAAAAGGAAACUGCCUACAGUAGAUUAUAAGUAAUAUCACCUUUUUCUUAUUAGAGUGUGAUUCCGUACGAUAUUGUUAAUGAUUGAAAGAAUUGAGAAAGUGUUUAAGACAAUACGGUAAUUAUUCCCUUUUGUACAAUGUUUGUACCUGUUGGUAAAGUUAAAAGCUCUCUCCUGCUGAUAAUUUUAAUUUAUUGUAACUCGAAAAACUACUGACAUUGACAUUCCAUACUGAACCAAGUGCACCUAAAAGUGAACUUACUUUCAGGAACUUAUGAAAAAGCCAGCUAAAAUUUUGUGUAAAAGACCCCCCCCCCCCCUUUUAACAGGGUGUGGUCACCACCAGAGGUAGGUAAUCAAACAGGGGAAUUGAGGUGCAGACAUCAGGCCAAGUUACUUGAUCAAAUCUCAUUCAGCUCAAAGGCCAAUUCUGUCAACUGUUUCUUAUUGCUGCCCCUUUUUACUUCCUCCUUUCUUCCCUCUCAAGCAAAAAAAAAAAAAACUUAAGAAAGAA